AUGAAUCUCAAUGGGCUGUCCUGGCCUACGAAGCAUCUUCACACGAGCACAAGAAACGGAUCAACAUGGGGCUAUGUCAUCUAUCGCACGACAUAUACACCCCAAUCCAACACCGCAUUCCUCCGAAUUAUCGAACUUCUCAACUCCUACAUCAAACAUGGACUAUACUCUGAAUGCGUCUCCUCGGGAAACAAUACACCAAUGAAUACAGACCUCACUUCAUAUCACGAGAUCUGGGCUCAGCACCGUUCAAUCAUCAUGAACCAUCCAAAGUUUGACGGAGCAUCGCUGGACUCAAUUCGCGCUCAUUUUCGACGCUUGGUUGAUUUACAGGAGGAUCAAGGUCACUCUACUCAAUAUCGCAUGUGUAUGGUGAUCGACGAAGAGUCUUUACAGACGUUGCUGGAUGCUCCGCCGCCCCAAGAGUGCUCGGAUGAAAAGAUGAUUGACCCCAUGCGACAUGUCAAAGUAGUAACACUACUUCCGGAUAGCGAUGACGAUGAGUUUGAUGGCUUUUUGGGUGGAUAG